CGCCACAGCAACUGCUCCCAGCCCGGAGCCGUGGAAAGAAAAGUGGUAGUGAGUCUUCAGAAAUUAGAUGUGGCUCAGGACAGCCUGGGCAAUUAUGGCUUCUUCACUCUGAUCUACAAUCAAGGCUUUGAGCUUGUGAUAAAUGACUACAAAUGGUUUGCCUUUUUUAAGUACAAAAAGGAAGGCCGGAAUGUGACCAGCUACUGUAAUGAGACUCUACCUGGAUGGGUACAUGAUGUACUUGGCCACAACUGGGCUUGUUUCAGUGGACACAAGAUCUCUUCAGCUUCUUCAGGUGUUCAUACAAAUGAGCUGCCUUUCCAGAAGCCUAGGGGAAGGCUUUCAAGCAGACGUUAUGUGCACAACUUUGACUUCGUAAAUGCUAUUAAUACUCGCCAGAAGUCCUGGAGAGCAACAAGAUACAAAGAAUAUGAGAACCUAUCCCUGGAAGAGCUAACCAGAAGAGGUGGAGGUCUCUAUUCCAGAGCUCCAAGACCAAAUCCUGCACCCAUAACACCCGAGUUGCUCAACAAAGCUUCAAGUUUGCCAGAAUCCUGGGACUGGAGAAACGUGAAUGGUGUCAAUUAUGUCAGCCCUGUUCGGAAUCAAGCCUCGUGUGGCAGCUGCUAUGCCUUUUCUUCCAUGGGCAUGCUGGAAGCAAGAAUCCGUAUCCUGACAAACAAUACUCAGAAGCCAGUCUUUAGUCCUCAGCAGGUUGUGUCUUGCAGCCAGUAUUCUCAGGGGUGUGAUGGUGGCUUUCCAUACCUCAUUGCUGGAAAGUACACCCAAGACUUUGGCAUUGUGGAAGAGGACUGCUUCCCUUACACGGCUGAAGAUUCUCCAUGCAUUUUCAAGCGCAACUGCUAUCACUAUUACACUUCUGAAUAUCACUAUGUUGGUGGUUUCUAUGGAGGCUGCAAUGAAGCCCUGAUGAAACUUGAGCUUGUUCUGCAUGGGCCAAUGGCUGUUGCCUUUGAAGUUUACAAUGAUUUCAUGCUGUAUAAAGAGGGAAUCUACCAUCACACUGGGCUGCAGGAUGACUUCAACCCUUUUGAACUGACCAAUCAUGCUGUCCUGUUGGUGGGCUAUGGUAAAGACCCAGAAAGUGGUGAGAAGUUCUGGAUUGUGAAGAACAGCUGGGGCACCUCAUGGGGAGAAAAUGGCUACUUCAGAAUCCGCCGUGGCACCGAUGAAUGUGCCAUUGAGAGCAUUGCAGUGGCUGCAACUCCUAUUCCAAAGCUAUAAGUGCAAAGAUUCUCAUCCAGUGCCUUGUCUGAGAAGAAAAUCUCCAGCUGUAAAAACAUGCUGAUUGUUAAAAGGAACUGUAGGUAACAUCUGUCCCCUAUCUUAAUCAGGAGAGCUUUAAGAAAUUUU